GUUUUACUUCCAUCCGACUGUUUGGCGCACCAAUUUUUUCGCGCUACUGCGGUUUCUCGCACUCAAUUUUGUCAGCAUCAGUAUUUCGUCAAAAUAUGUUUAGAUGAGUGUCCCGCGACUACCUCCACAUUCUGCAGUACCCUUGACGUGCGCAGAAUCACUGCAAAGAGCGCCGUCUCCUGUUUUGUUUCCAGAAAAUGUGCCGGGAGCUGGGAAGCAUAACACUGAGCACGAUGGUAUGUACACAAAUAAGCAAAAGAACUUUCGAACCGAUCUGUCUCCAGACGAUGUGAAGCUUGUCAAUGAGCUUGGUCGCCUUACUCCAGAUCAGCUAGCUGAAUAUAUAAAGAAUGUUCAGAAUACAGCGUACAGUCUCGGAAUCGAAGAAGCUCGACAAUUCUCUCGAGGCAAGAUGCUCCAAAUAUUCAAGCGAUAACCCAGCAUCCUCCAUUUUUUGAUGUAAUAAUCUCCUAUCUUACCUCACAUACAGUCUUUGCAUAAACACUUCAUU